AGCACUGCAGCACCCAGCUGCAGGCUCUCUCACUCGGAGUCUCAGCCAGGCUCUCUUUCACUGCCAGCGUCCACGCAGACGGUGCUGCCCUCGGCACUCCGCCAUGAGACGCUCCGGGGUCUCGCGCGGCCCCUCGCCCACCAACACAACCUACUCCGGAUUCUCCAACUACCGCACAGACUCCUACCGCCCAAUCAACCCUCCUUCCAGCCCUCUCUCUACCGACCCUCGCGAUAUAGCCCGUGCACACUUCUUGGAACUCAACAAAUACCUCGCUAGCUAUUUAGCAAACGAGCCUGUUAAUUCGCGCGCGACUGCGAGGCAAAAGCUUACCCGCCUCACGCGCCAGCAAUUCCAGGAACUGUCCACCGAUGUCUAUGAUGAGCUGCUGCGCAGGAAGAACAACUCUAGUAACAACGACGUCCCCUUCCUCCCCGUACGAGACGACUUUCAUCCAAAGCGGAAUCAGGCCCGCCAGAAGCUCGCCACACUGCCGACCGGCCGAUUCAAGGAUCUAUCAAGCGAUGUUUAUUAUGAGCUAUCCAGAAGAUACCCCGAGUUCAAGGAGGAGGACGUCGUGUCCCCUGCCUCAGCCUAUGACGACUACCCAUCACCCGACUUCCCCAACAACGCCCGGACCCCUGCCAUGGCCGCCCGCGAUCUACCCAGUAAUGCACGCGCAUCCGAAGACAGAGCGAAUGGAUAUGCCAGCCCCUCCUCGCGAAGACGACCAUCCGACAACUUCUCCUCCGGCCGAAAAAGCGCCGAUGCCUACGGUGGGGUCGAGGGCUUCGGUGCCGCCGCUGCGGUCGGUGGCGUACGCCGGAAACCAUCACAAGACAUCCGGACCGACCGGCGAAAACCGAGCCAGGACACGACGGGAUAUGGCGUGGUCGGGGGCGCGUCGGUGAAUCGGCGUCCGAGUGAGAGCGAGGGCAGCAACGCGUCGAAUGCGCAGAGCGCGACGGCAGGCAUGGGGAUGAUCAUUCCGAACAAGAGCACCAUCGCGGAGGAGGAGAUCGAGGUGCCGUACGGACGCGAGGUGCGGGACAGCGGGAGCACGGCGCGGGACCGCGAGCGCGAGCGCGCACCGAGAGGGUCGCGCGUCGGCGACGAGGACCGCAGCGACUAUGGGGAGGACGAUACGGAGGAGGUGGAUCGCCGCCCGGGCGGACUGGCGGCGCUGAGCGCGAGGCUACAGGCGGUCGGAGACGAGGACUCGGAAGCAGGGCGCAGCGGGGAGGACUACUUUGACAAGAUGAGCCUGGGCCGGGCGAGCGCCACCAGCGAUCGGAGUUUCGCGAGGGGCGGGAGGAUGAGCGUGGGUGCGGAGGAGGAGCUGAGGCGGGAGUAUGAAUUCAAGGUCGCGACGAUGCAGCAGCGCAUCACAGGCCUGGAGAGGGAGGUUGAGGACGCCCGUGAGAAGGAGCGAAUCUGGACAAAGGGCGAAGAGAGGGUGAGGGCAGUGGAGGAUGAGCUGCGAGAGUUACGGCAGCGGAUGGAAGACAAGACGACGGGGAUGUUCACCAUGCAGCAAGAGCUAGAGACCCUCAGACAAGAACGAGCACGGGAACAAGACGCUGCGGGGAGACGAGCGAGGGAUGAUGAGGAAGAGCUCCAGAUACUCCGGGAACGCUGCGAACGGCUGGAGGAAGAGCGCGGUGGAGGCAGACAGGGAAAUGCAGAGAUCCUCGACCAAUUACGUUCCGAUAUGGAGGGCCUCGUCAUUGAGCUAUCAGACUUGUCGAAGCGCAACGACGAGUUGAUGACGGCGAAGGAUGCAGAUCUUGCGGUCAUUCGCGACCUCGAUGCCCAGCUGAAGGAGUACAAGAGGAAGUAUGAACAGGCAAAGACGGAGCUUCGGAGCGUCAAGGCAACCUCGCAGCUAUUCCUGCAAACACCGAAGACCGAUGACCAGCUGCCUGUUGCACAGGACGGUGGCUUGGUCGACAUCCACGUCACUGCCUUCCUCAGUGCCAUCGACGGUCUUCUCACUGCGGGUCGUUCGAACGCACCGACGCGUGUGCUCACACCCAUGAAGUCGGUCGUCAAUGCUGUCACAGCGAUUAUCGAGGACAUCAAAGCAUACGAGAGACGAGCGCGUAGAGACUUUGACAUUGACUCGCUGCGCAUCCUCCGAGAACGUCUCGAGGCCACACUGAGCAACCUCGUCGUGGCCUCCAAGACACAUGCUACGAGUUCUGGCAUGUCGCCUGUCAGCCUACUCGACGCCGCCGCGAGUCAUGUCUCUUCGACGGUGACAGAGAUUGGCAAGCUGGUUCUCGUUCGCAAAGCGUCCCGAGCCGAGCAAGACCAGUUCGCCGUGUCUCAGAACACGAGCGCGACGAACGGGUUCUCGCCCGCCCUGCGCUCUGUCGACGAGGGCCGCCCGGUGCACUCGCGCGGGUACAGCAGUGCAAGUUCGCGCUCGUACUCGUCGCAGGCGAACCGCUUCGGCGACUUGGCGGGGUCGUCGAGCAUGUCGUCUACGAGACUCAUGGAGGACCGGAGGGUGUCGCCGCCUAGUAGGGGGAGCUCAUUGACGAACUCACCUCCGCCUAUAUUCGACAGAGUGCCGGCUUCGCAUAGUACGGGUGGGAGGACGAGCGGCGAGUCCGCUCCGCCAGAAGGUCCGGAGGAUGCAUGGGCGGAAUUGAAGCCGUACCUCGAAGCGCAGACAGAGUCGAUUGUCUACGCCAUCCAAAGCGUGCUAUCGGGGGUACGGAGUCCCACACCGCCUCCGACGCUCAACGAGAAUUUGACGCAGAUCAUAACCAUCGUGUCGAGUAUCGUCGCCGUCUGCAAAGACAACUUACCACCGGCAUCCAUGCAGCAGGGUGAGGAGAUCCUGCGCGAGCUCGGCGAACAUGCGAAUCGUCUCAGCGAAGUGCAGGCACAGGCUGAGGUCACGAAGGAGGCCAGGCAGGUCAUGGCGAAGUCGAGCUUCGCGGUCGCGAAUGGGAUGAAGGCGCUCAUGAAGUUGUGAUAUGUCGUGUGUAUUGUAGCAUAGGAUCUAUUCUUAUUUCCAGGUCACUUCAGCGGGGCAAGACUAGUUUGACUGCUGAUUGUUUACGCCAAGUGGUCAUAGUACUGACUCUGCUGUUAUGCUUAGAAGUCGCUCAUAACUUCUGGACGUACGUGUGUGAUCUAUA